AUGGCCGAGUCCAUCUCAGAGGGUACCCUCAAGCAGUUCUCCAAGGAGAUCGGUGACUACGUCGAACAGGACGAGGAGAUUGCUACCAUUGAAACCGACAAGAUCGAUGUGACCGUCAAUGCCACCGAGUCCGGCACCAUCAAGGAAUUCCUCGCCGCAGAGGAAGACACCGUCACCGUCGGCCAGGACCUCGUCCGUCUCGAGCUCGGUGCUGCUCCAGAGGGCUCCAAGGAGAAGCCUGCCGCUGCUGCUCCUGCUGCUGAGGAGAGCAAGCCCGCUGAGCCCAAGCAGGAGACUGCCGCCCCUGCUCCCAAGGAAGAGUCCAAGGAGCAGCCCAAGGAACAGCCAAAGAAGGAGGCUGCUCCAGCCCCAGCUCCAAAGCAGGAGAAGAAGACUCCGGCUCCCGAAGAAGCUGCCAAAUCCACCCCUGGCAGCAGAGAAGAGCGCAGGGUAAAAAUGAACCGUAUGCGCCUACGUAUCGCCGAACGCCUGAAACAGUCCCAGAACACCGCUGCCUCCCUCACCACCUUCAACGAAGUCGACAUGUCCUCGCUCAUGGAAUUCCGCAAGCUCUACAAGGACGACGUGCUCAAGAAGACCGGCGUCAAGCUCGGCUUCAUGUCCGCCUUCUCCCGUGCCUGCGUGCUCGCUAUGAAGGACGUUCCCGCCGUCAAUGCCUCGAUUGAGGGCCCCAACGGUGGUGACACCAUCGUCUACCGCGAUUACGUCGAUAUCAGUGUUGCCGUGGCCACGGAGAAGGGCCUUGUCACUCCUGUUGUGCGCAACGUCGAGACCAUGGGUCUCGUUGAGAUCGAGCAGUCCAUUGCUGAUCUCGGCAAGAAGGCCCGCGACAACAAGCUCACCAUCGAGGAUAUGGCCGGCGGCACCUUCACCAUCAGCAACGGCGGCGUCUUUGGCUCGCUCAUGGGCACCCCCAUCAUCAACCUUCCCCAGACCGGUGUUCUCGGCCUACACGCCAUCAAGGACAAGCCCGUCGUAGUCAACGGCAAGAUCGAAAUCAGACCAAUGAUGUAUCUCGCCCUCACCUAUGACCACAGACUGCUCGACGGCCGGGAAGCAGUCACCUUCCUCGUCAAGGUCAAGGAGUACAUCGAGGACCCCCGCCGCAUGCUCCUCUGCUAG